CAUGACAAAUCAAAAUCGGAUCCACCGACCCGACUUUCUGCCCACUUCGUUUUCCACCGUACGCUUCUCCUCCUCCAGCCUCCAUCUAGAGAGCUUUCGCGCUCUCUCUCAAAUCUCAAUCUCAGAUUCUCUAUCUCUUCCUUUGUCUCCAUCUUCUUCAUUUCAAAAUUAACCCUCACUCCCCAAAACAAUGAGCCUGACCCCAAAAAUGCCCACCCAAACUAACCACCGCCUCAUCUCCUCCUUCACCCCUUAUUUGUCGCCCAGCCACGUUUUCCAGAUCCGCGAGUUCCGCGUCUACCGGCGCCGGAGACUGAAGCAGAACCAGCAGCUCAAUCUCCGGAGCCAGCUCGGAGGAGGCCCUAGUUUCCAUGACUUCGUUUCGCAAUUCCCCUCCCCCAAUUCAUUGGAAUUCGUCGCUCCGGCGAUCGGCCUCGUCUCCGGCGCCGCGCUGUUCCUGUCUAAUUUCUCGAAUUCUUCUUCGGCCAAGGGGAAUCAGAGCUCCUCCGACGAGGCGUCCGUGAUCGGGGAGUGGCUGCUGUUGACCAGUCCGACGCCGUUUAACCGCUCCGUGCUGGUGAGGUGUCCGUCGAUAUCGUUUGAGCUGCUGGAUGAGAAGCUGGUGAAGGACGACGGCAACUUCGUGAGGGUGAAUUCCGGUAGAAUUCACUUCAAUAUCGAGAGUGAUAAUGGCGUUGGAGACAGAUUGGAGUAUCAGCGACUGUGUGUGAGGACGGACGACGGAGGAGUCGUGUCGUUGGAUUGGCCGGCGAAUUUGGACCUUGAAGAAGAGCAUGGAUUGGACACAACCUUGAUUCUCGUGCCUGGCACCGCCCAGGGUAGCAUGGACCCAAACGUCAGGUCGUUUGUGUGUGAAGCUCUCGUCCGGGGCUGUUUUCCGAUCGUCAUGAACCCUAGGGGUUGUGCUGGUUCGCCUCUCACCACGCCACGGUUAUUUUCGGCUGCUGACAGCGAUGAUAUCUCCACUGCUGUACAGUUCAUAAAUAAGGCGAGGUCAGGGACCACUUUGGUGGGUGUUGGCUGGGGUUAUGGCGCAAACAUGUUGAUAAAGUACCUGGCUGAAAUCGGGGAGAGCUCGCCGCUUACAGCCGCGACCUGCAUAGACAACCCUUUUGAUUUGGUGGAGGCCACCAAGUCCUCUCCUCAUCAAAUGACCAUUGAUCAGCAGCUCACUGAUGGACUCAUUGAUAUUCUGAGGUCGAACAAGGAACUAUUUCAAGGAAAAACAAAAGGGUUUGACGUAGAGCAAGCACUUUCAGCAAAAUCUGUCCGUGAAUUUGAAACAGCAAUCUCCAUGGUAUCUCAUGGUUUUGAUGCCGUUGAAGAUUUUUAUUCGAAAUCAAGUACAAGAGGUGUGGUUGGGAAUGUGAAGAUUCCUGUUUUAUUUAUACAGAAAGACAAUGAGUCAGCACCACCAUUCUCAAUUCCACGCAGUUUAAUAGCAGAAAAUCCAUUUACAAGCCUACUGUUGUGCUCCUGUUUGCCUUCUCGUGCUAUUGAUGGUUGUAGAUCUGCUCUAUCUUGGUGCCAGCACCUAACCAUCGAGUGGCUCACAGCAGUGGAGCUUGGACUUUUGAAGGGUCGCCACCCUCUUCUUCAAGAUGUGAACAUAUCCUUCGAGCCUUCAAGAGAAUUAGCUCAUGAAGAACGUGAUACUGCUGCUAGCUUCUGCUUAAAAUCCAGAAACGAUUCUUCAAAUGGAUAUUCCAUGAGCGAGUCAGAUUCUUUAAAUGGAUAUACGACAAACACUACGAAGAAGAUGUUUGGAGAAACUGAUACUGCUGCUAGCUUUUGGUUAGAAUCUAAAAAGGAUUCAUCGAGAAAGUCAGAGGCUGAACAAACAGGGUUGCAGGAUGUGGAAAAUGGUGCACUGGAUCAGAUUCACUCUGAUGAUCCUGAGUUGGUCAAUGAGGAGGGAGUCAGUCCUGCAGAUGGUGAAAGAGGUCAAGUGUUGCAGACAACUCAAGUUGUUAUGAACAUGCUUGAUGUAACCAUGCCGGAUAUUCUAACAGAAGAACAGAAGAAGAAGGUCUUAGCAGCAGUUGGUCGAGGAGACACACUAAUGCAAGCUUUGCAAGAUGCAGUACCGGAAGAUGUUCGCGGGAAGCUAACAGCUGCUGUAACUGGUGUUUUACAUGCUCAAGGUCCAAACCUAAAAUUUGAUCAGCUCCUGGGUGCUGCUCGAAUUCCUGAUAUAUCAUCAGGUUUGAAGUCAAAGAUCCAAGACGAGGGAAUUUCAAGUUCAGAAGGUGCACAUGAAGACCAUUUUUCUUCUGAUCUGUUGAAUAAGUCUGAUGAUUUGUUGGAUAGCUCUGUUGACAGUCAACCAGUUGUCAAUAAGCCUCCUGGGGAACUAGAAUCGGAGUCUUAUCCCUCAGAGCAAUCACCAAAAAUUUCUACUGUAGAUCAAUCAUUGAGCACUGAUGGAAGCGAUGAUUCUGGUUCUAUCAUUAAGGAUACUACUGAAUCCGGAAGUUCUGACCCUGAACAUCUUAACAAUAGUGAGAAGGGAUCAGAGCACACUAAGCCUACCAAUUCCACUGGAAUUGCUGGUUCUGCUGAGGGAGCAAUUGUUGAGGAGGAGAGAGACCAAGAUGGUAGAGCUGCUGAAUUAGACACAAAAGAUGAGGAAGGUAAUGAUAAUCAAAAGAGGGAAAACAAGAAUACGCAGCCUGUAAUUGAUCAAAGUAAGUCUAAUACAUCUGCACCCAAUGCCCCGGCACCCAAUGCCCCGGAACCUAAUGCCCCGGCACCCAAUGCCCCGGCACCCAAUGCCCCGGAACCUAAUGCCCCGGCACCUAAUGCCCCGGCAUUUAGUGUUUCUGAGGCAUUUGAUGCCUUGACAGGGAUGGAUGAUUCCACCCAAUUGGCAGUUAACAAUGUUUUUGGGGUUUUAGAAAAUAUGAUAACUCAAUUGGAGGAGAGUUCUGAACAUGAAAAUGAAGUGAACAAAGGUGAUUCUGCAUCUGUAAAGGACCAUCCUGGUGGUGACAAUAGUCAAGAAGAUUCAGAAGCCAGUAAGUCGGACCAGAGUGUACAUAUUGAUGGAUUAAGCGAUAUUUCUGUAUCCAAUGGGCAUGUGAAUGCCAUGGACCAGCAGCCUGAGGCAUCAAAUGUCUUGGAAGAGAAGUGUGCUCAAAGCCCUGUAUCAGUUAAUGGAAAUGGUAUCAGCAGUUCACAUAGAAGUGACAGAGUUAACCAUGUAGCUGAGGAUAAAAAUGAAACGAGGGAUCAGGUGGUUAGUAUCAAUCGUGUAAACAAUGUACCACCUUGCUUAACUGCAAUACCACCUUGCAUAACUUCGAUCUCUAGUGGGGUGCAUAAUUAUCUUCUUUCAAAGGUGCGUGCCCAAUCACUAGAUUUAGAUUCAACUGCUGCUCUAUUGCUGGACUAUUUUCCAGAAGAAGGUCAGUGGAAACUUUUAGAACAACCUGGACAUGUUGGAAGUUCUGUUGGCGAUGUGGCUGCUCAGAAGGUUGAGGCACAUAAACCUGUUGAUGAUGAAAUUAUUGAGCCAUCUUAUGUAAUAUUAGAUUCAGAAAAGCAUCAGGAGCCAGUAAAAGAAUAUGAAGCAGUGGAUAGUGUGGAGAAGAGAGUUGAAAUCGGUGAAGAUGAAAGAGAGGACUUUGGGGAGUUUGUGAGAAAUAUUAUAUUGGAUAAUUUGACGGUUGAAGUUGGUCGCAGACAAAGUGCUGCUGACAUAAAAAAAAUGGAACCCUAUCUUACCAGAGAAUUGGAACAAGUGGCUAAUGCUGUAUCGUUUUCUGUUGGACAUGCCUACGAUCCACGUUUGGAAGUUAAAUACCAUAGUAUUGGCUCAGAAAAAGUUGGUACUCUUCAUGGAGAGCGUGUGAUUAAGGCCAUAUCAUCUGCUGUUCAAGAGACUAGCUUCUUGAGAAGUGGAGUGCCAGUUGGUGUUAUAGUAGGCUCAAGCUUAGCUGCACUGAGAAAAUAUUUCAUUGUGGCCACGGUGCGUGAUAGUGGCCAAAUAGAACCUCCGAUCAAUAGUCAAGCCAAAAUGUCUGGAGAAAAUGAUCUAGCUAAGGUUAGAGGCACAGAGAUUCACCACAUGCCUGUUGACAAAUGUGAUCAUAUUACAAGGUUGGACAGUUUGGUUGAUAGGAAAGAGGAAAAGACGGAGUUGAAGAAUAUAAACAACAGUGUUAUGGUUGGUGCCGUUACAGCUGCCCUUGGGGCGUCUGCUUUAUUGGCGAAGCACCAGGAUUCAAUCACAGGCAAUGAAACUUCUGAGAGUUCAUUCGAGUCCAUCAAGAUGAACGAUAAUGGUCAGAUGGAGCCUGACAAUCAUGAGGACGCAUCUGACAAACACCAAAGUAACAUUGUCACAAGCCUUGCUGAGAAAGCUAUGUCAGUUGCUGGCCCUGUCGUACCCAAGAAACAAGAUGGUGGACUGGAUCAAGAAAGAUUGGUCUCAAUGUUGGUUGAUUUGGGACAAAGGGGUGGCAUAUUGAGGCUAGUUGGCAAACUUGCUUUGCUCUGGGGUGGUAUGCGUGGUGCAAUGAGCUUGACUGACAAGCUAAUCCAAUUUCUUCAUCUAUCUGAGCGUCCCUUGAUCCAGAGGAUUUUGGGGUUUGCUGGUAUGACGCUUGUUUUAUGGUCACCAAUUGCUGUUCCACUACUUCCAACAUUUAUGCAGAGCUGGGCAACUAAUACCCCCUCCAGAAUUGCUGAUCUUGCUUGCAUUAUUGGCCUCUACGCUGCAUUUAUGAUACUUGUUAUGUUAUGGGGAAAAAGAAUACGUGGAUAUGAAGAUCCACUUACGGAAUAUGGGCUUGAUUUGACGUCAUUGCCAAAGUUGUUCGAUUAUUUCAAGGGGUUGAUUGGUGGAGUGGUGCUUGUUUUGUCAAUACAAUCUGCAAAUGCAUUACUUGGCUGUGUGAAUAUCUCUUGGCCUUCUACUCCAUCUUCUUUGGACGCUAUGAAAUUGCUCUCAGUGUAUGGACAUGUACUUAAGCUGGUUGGUCAAGGUAUUAUGACAGCAACUGGUAUUGCUCUUGUGGAAGAAUUGUUCUUCAGGUCCUGGCUGCCUCAAGAAAUUGCUGCAGAUCUUGGAUAUCAUCAAUCUAUAAUUUUAUCAGGACUUGCAUUCUCUCUAUGCCAGAGGUCUUUAUGGGCAAUACCAGGACUGUGGCUGCUAUCUGUGAGUUUAGCAGGUGCUCGGCAAAGAAACCAAGGCAGCCUUUCCAUUUCUAUUGGCUUGCGCGCAGGAAUAAUUGCCUCAAGUUUCAUCUUACAGAGGGGUGGUUUUCUAACCUACCGGGCUGACUCUCCCCUUUGGAUUAUUGGAACGCACCAAUUCCAACCAUUUAGUGGGUUAACUGGUUUUGCAUUCGCUUUAUUCUUGGCAAUAAUUUUAUACCCGAGAGAGCCUCUGCCUACAAAGAUUAUGGAAAUUACAGACUGAGGAAUGAAUAUACCAGAGACUGAUGAACAUGCUUUUGACAAUGCCGAGGCAUUUUGAAUGGUGCAGCAUCAGCACGGCAGCUUCAUUGUUGACUUGUUGCUUACUGAUUCUGCUGGUUUUAGGUGUUUAAACCCCGAAACCAGGAACAGCCUCGGGUUACGGGGAAGCAAGUAUGAAAAAUUGUACGAAAGGCCAGAUUCAGAGGUAGAAAGGAAAGUUGAAAGUGCUUCAUUGUAGCUUUUGAUCUCUCAUGCCACAGGGUCACCAAGGCUGUAUACAUACAAUCUCAAAGGUGGUAGGCAAAUUCUGUGAAAUGAGCUCAUGUCUUCAAUCUUUAUGCCCAUUGAUUGCCUCAAGUGCUCUUGAGUUUCUUCCUCGUCACCAUACGUGUAUAUAGAAGGUACUGCAUAUAGUCUAGGUGUCGAUUUUACUGUACAUCUGUAAUUCUAAAGUCCAAAAGCCAAAAGUUGAAGGCGAGUUUUGUUGUCGAAAGUACGUAUCCAUCAUAUGUUUCAAAGUAAAUAUCAACUACACAUCAACUCCAGGAAGAUGGCAUUGGUGUAAUUGAGAGGCC